UCGAAUUUUAUAUUUACUCUGAUGUAAGCUGGAAUACCGUUAGCCCCUAAACUCCAUAUUUUCUGUUAUUAACAACGCUAUUAAGUCGCGGGGCCUUGGUUAUAUAAUUGUUUAGAUAUUCUUUGUUUACUACCAAAUGGGACAGGAAAAGUGAACACAAUUUCCCAUCUUACCCCUGCUAUACAUUUUAAUACAUUAAACGGUAUAAUUUAAACCUGUUUCAUAUAUAUUUUUAUACUAGUUUUACUAAUAUAUAAUAAGUCAUGGCAACUGUACCAGUGGUUGUUCUAACUUCUCCAGUUGAGAGCAAACAAAUUAUUUCUCCAGAUGAGCUUCCAGGAAAUGAUGUAAAGUUCGCGGUUUGGCAUCAAAUUCCAAAGAAUAAAAUAACAGGAGAUGAUCUACAUUGUCCAAGGAUCAGAGUUGGACCUGUUAUAUCCAGUGAAAGCAGCAGCAGCAGUAGCAGUAGCAGCAGUAGUAGUGAUUCAGAUGCUGACACCCCACGUUUGCAUCUAAGGCAUAAUUAUAAAAGCAAAUAUGAAAACUGGAAAAAAGCAACUGUUGUAAAUUUUUCUUACCAAGACUUGGGUCAUGACUACCAAGUGAAAAACUUUGUGCGAGUUUUAAAAACUCUCGAGAAUUGUGUGCAGCUAAAUCUUGUUGAUAAUUCACUUGUUGAUUUGAAAGCAGUUCAACUACCAAAAUGUCAUUCUCUGAAUUUGAGGAAAAAUUAUUUCUGUUCUUUCAAUGAUCUUCCAGUUUCCAAAGAACUGUUGCAUCUCAAUCUUUGUGAGAACAACAUUUCGAAUCUGAAAGGCUCCGAAAAAUUUAAACAUCUGAAAACCCUUGACCUUUCUUUGAACCCCAUUCAUUUUGAGCCAAACUACAGAAAAAGAGUGAUUGCUAAAUUUCCAAAGCUAGAAUUCUUGGAUGGUGUUCUUGUUGAUGUAGAGGAAAGAGAUGGAACAUUUAAUGAAGAAAACACUUGUGUUCUUAUGUGAAUUUAGUAUUUGUAAUACAAAAUAGCAGUAGCUCCAUUCAUUUAGCAAUGAAAUCCACCAAUUUACUCAUAACAGUAUUAUUGGGUUUUACAGCCUUUUAACUGAUUUUUUCCAUACUUUUUAUUUUGUACUGACUGUCUGUUUGCUGUUGAUUUCUCUUUUUUCAUUGGUCUAAUGAUUUGAUCCUUACUAUCUUUUGAAAGAGAUAAAUAAAUUUUUUUUUAUAAAUUUAAUCAGUAAGGUUAUGCAUUCAUAAGGCUUGCUGUCGUACAUUUUCACAGACACUUUUACCAUUUUGACAUUUUUAAUGUAAUUAAUAUAAAUCAUGCUUGUACAAAGAACCUUUUACUGUGCUUAAAUAAUAUUCAUUUUCUUGCUAUCACUAUUUCUAACUAAAUACAUAUGAAGCCAUUUUUCAUUUUACUGUACAGAAAUUUCCCCACUUGUAAAUACACCUAGCUGUUUUAACUGUUCUUAGUGACUCUUUUGCAAUUCUAUUUUAAUCAUGAUUUUUAGUUUUACACCGUAUUAUAUUUGUAGCAUCUUACUUCAUUUGCACUUAACAAUUUAGCAGUACAUCGAUUUAUC